AUGUCCCCCGCCGAACGCGUCGUCCCAGGCUCCUCCAACCUGCCCCCCGCAGUCUGGCCCCCCACAGCCAUCACCCCCACCGCAGAGAUCGACGCCACCGGCAUCGCAACCCGCUUCAUCACUUCGCUCAACGACGGCCUCGCAUCCCGUAACUUGGACGCCAUCGCCGAUCUUUUUCUACCGGACACCGGCAGCCCGGAUGCGCCUACUGCCUACUGGCGUGAUCAUCUCGUAUUAUCCUGGCGUCUGCGCACCCUCAAGGGACAAAAUGCGAUUCGCGAGUACGUCAACGAUAAUAGCAAUGCCGAUGGCUUGACUUUUGCUCUGGAUGAGACGCACCCGUUCCGUCGGCCGCAGGCGGCUGGGUUUAAACCGACUGGUGGGGCCGAGGGGGUCGGGUUUUUUGUGACGGUGAAGACGUCAGCUGGGAAGGUUGGGAGGGGCCUGGUGAGGUUGGCGGAGGUGGAACGCGGAGUGUGGAAGGUGUGGACGCUGUUUACGACGUUGGAGGGGGUGACGGGGGAGGAAGAGAGGCGCGGCGAGAAGAGAGUGAAGGGGGUGGAACAUGGGGGUAAAGAGGGGAGGAAAAAUUGGGUGGAGAGGAGGGUGGAUGAGGGGGAGUUUACUGAGGAGGGGCCGGAGGUUGUUGUUAUUGGGGCUGGCCAGGGCGGUUUGACGGCGGCUGCCCGACUCAAAAUGCUGGGCAUCCCGACGCUGGUUAUCGACAAGAACGAGCGGAUCGGCGACAACUGGCGGAAACGAUACCACCAACUCGUCCUUCACGACCCUGUCUGGUACGACCACCUGCCCUACGUUCCGUUCCCUGACUUCUGGCCCGUCUUCACGCCCAAGGACAAACUCGGCGAUUGGUUCGAAUCCUACGCCAAGGCCCUCGAACUCAACGUUUGGACGCAGUCCGAGCUCGUGUCAAAUGUAUGGGACGAGAACACCAAGACCUGGGCCGUCCAGAUCAAGCGGACCCGGCCCGAUGGCACGACACAAACGCGGUCCUUCUCCCCUAGACACGUGGUCAUCGCGACUGGCCACUCUGGAAAGGCCUACACGCCCCAGAUCCCAGGAAAGGACUCCUUCCAGGGGGACCUCUUGGUCCACUCUGGUGACUUCCCCGGCGCCAAAGAAUCCGGGAAGGGCAAGCGCGCCAUCGUCGUGGGUGCGUGCAACUCGAGUAUGGACAUUUGCCAGGACUACGUCGAAAAGGGCUACGACGUGACGGUUGUCCAGCGCUCGUCCACCUACGUCAUCUCUAGCGAGACCUCCCAAAAGGUUUCCCUAGGUGUGCUCUAUGAAGAAGGCGGUCCCCCGGUCGAGGACAGCGACAUCUGGGUGUACGCCUUCCCCAACGAAGCGCUCAAGUCGCUGCAGGUUGAUCUGACUGGUAUUGCGGUGGGCCGUGAUAAGGAGAUGCUGGAUGGUCUCGAGAAAGCCGGGUUCAAGAUCGACCUAGGCCCAUCCGACGGCGGAAUCUUCUGCAAAUAUCUACAGCGCGGAGGCGGGUAUUACAUCGAUGUUGGUGGAGCCCAGCUGAUUAUCGACGGCAAGGUCAAGGUCAAGCACGGCGUGGAAAUUGCCGAGGUGCUGCCCACGGGGUUGAAGUUCGCGGACGGGAGCACCCUAGAGGGAGAUGAAAUUGUCUUUGCGACGGGCUACGAGAAUAUGCGGACCACGGCUGAAACAAUCCUCGGGCAGGAAUUGCCCGAUGAGGUGGGCGAUAUUUGGGGCUGGGACCAGGAGGGCGAGAUGCGGACCAUCUGGACCAAUUCGGGCCAUCCGGGGUUGUGGUUCCACGGCGGGAAUUUGGCGCUGUGCCGGUAUUUCUCGAGGUUGGUCGCACUGCAAAUUCUGGCCCGGCUCAGGGGGUGGGACAGCGCUUGA